AUGCACCCUAUACUGACCACGCCCCUGCAGAUCCAAUUCAACGACCAGCCAGAUGUAUACAACCGCUUCCUGGAUGUUAUGAAAGAGUUCAAGGGCCAGGUGAUUGACACCCCCGGUGUCAUUGACCGCGUCUCGACGCUAUUCCGCGGCCAUCCCUCCCUCAUCCAGGGCUUCAACACUUUCCUGCCACCAGGAUACCGUAUCGAGUGCUUUGGGGGCGAAGGCGAUGCCUCGGGGCUCAUCACUGUUACCACUCCUGCCGGUACGGUGAGCCAAAUACCCGGAAACUUUGCCGCCGCUAUCGAGACCAGAGAACGGGAGGCUCGAGACCUGGCAGCUGCCCAGGCGGCAGAGGCUGCCCGUGAGAGCAGAGCCGAGUCGUCGGCGCCCUACCCUGCUCCCACCCCCGCCAACGCCGCCCCCGCAGGCCAGCCGCUUCCUCCGAUCAAUAGCAUUCAGAAUCAUCUGGCUGGUGGACCUCCACCUUUCCAGGGCGUCCAACACACGAGCCGACAAUCCACCAGCGGCGCGCCUGCCCGUUCGUCGCAGAACCAGGGCCCGGGGCCUUUGCCGCUUCCCCCUCACGCCCAGCACCCUCUGCCUCCUUCUGGCCCUUCUACACCCUCUGCGGCCCAGUUCCUCGCCUCUGGCGGAUUGUCCCAUGGCAACUCUCAGCAAGCCCCGCAGCCCCAGCAAGGCGGCAACAGAGCACCCAUCCUAGAGUUUAACCACGCCAUCACCUUUGUCAACAAGAUCAAGACCAGGUUCAACAAUGACCCAGAGACUUACAAGCAAUUCUUGGAGAUCUUGCAGACGUAUCAGCGUGACACUAGGGAUAUUGCGGAGGUGUAUGAGCAAGUCACCAAGCUGUUCAACAAUGCCCCGGAUCUACUUGACGAGUUCAAGCAAUUUUUGCCCGAGAACGGCUCUGGCGGCGCGCUGGCAGGCUUUGGAGGGCUGGGAUCGUUCAUGCAGGUCGCUGCUGGGACGACGGCCACUAACGAAAAGAUUGGUGGCCAGAAACGCGGAGCAGCAAAGGAAGGGAAAGAGACGGCGCAGAAGAAGCGCAGAACGGUCGACUCUGGAGCGGGUAAAGGCGGGCCCGGGAAACGCGCGAGACAGCGAGAGAGCCCCAUCGACGACACUGAGCCUGCUACUCUUACUCCUCAGCAGCAGACCCUCGCGUCGCCUGAUGAAGUCGCCUUCUUUGACAAGGUCAAAAAGUUUAUCGACGACAAGGUUGUCUACCACGAGUUUUUGAAACUCAUCAACCUCUUUGUCCAAGAUAUGAUUGACACCAAGACCCUACUGGACCGCGCUCAACUGUUUAUCGGCGAUGCCCCCGAGGUCUGGGCCACUUUCCAGCGUGUUGUGGGUGUGGAUAGCGAAGGCCGGAUCCCGCCCAAUCCUGCUACGACGCAAGGCGGGUACGGCUUUGGAGGGAUGAUUGGGAUUGACAAUCUGGUGGUGGAAAACACACCGAUGUUGGAGAGGGUCAAGCCAGACAUGAACUUGCCAGGUGCCAACCAGGUCGGACCGAGUUACCGACAACUUCCUCGUUCUGAAAUCAACCUCCAGUGUACUGGACGGGAUGCGAUGUGCUGGGAGGUUCUCAACGACGACUGGGUGGCACACCCUACCUGGAACGCUGAAGACGUUGCCCCCUUCGUGUCCCACCGCAAGAAUCAAUUCGAAGACAAUCUCCACAAGUCCGAGGAAGAGCGUCACGAGUAUGAUUACCAUAUCGAGGCCAACCUCCGUACCAUCGCUCUGCUCGAGCCGCUGAACAACAAGAUCCAGACGAUGGACCCGGAGGAGAGGUCGAGUUUCAACCUCAAAGCGGGUCUCGGUGGCCAGAGCAAGUCGAUCUACCAGCGUAUCAUUAAAAAGGUGUAUGGUAAAGAGCUUGGCCCGGAUGUCAUCCGAGCGCUGCACGACAACCCCGUGGUGGCUCUUCCCAUCGUCCUCGAGCGUCUCAAGGCAAAGGACGAAGAGUGGAAACGGGCCCAAAGGGAGUGGAACCGUCUCUGGCGCGAGCAGGACGGCAAAAACUUUUACAAAGCCCUCGACUAUCAGCACUCUGGUACCAAGGCGACCGACAAGAAGAAGGUUGCCCCUGCCAAGGUCCUCAUCAACGAGAUUGAGCUGCGCAAGACCGAGCAGCAGAAUGAGAGGUCGGGGUUGAUUGACCCUAGGAUGUGGAGGGCCCGACCGCAGUUGGAGUUUAGCUUUGCGGAUGUGGAUGUGCUGAAGGACUCGAUGAAGCUGAUCAUCAGCUAUCUCGACCGUAUGCAGAGCACCACGCUGGCCUCGGGUGAUCAGGUGAGGGUAGAGCAAUUCUUGAGAGAAUUUGUGCCGCUGCUAUUCAUGCUCAACAAGGAAGAAUUUGAUGCCGAGUUUGGAGAUGGGGCCGUGCAAAAGACGCCGGAUGAUGACUCUGACGAGUCUGAUGGAGAGGAGGGAAGCGCGGAUGAUGGUGAUACUGCGAGCACUACCGCUAGUAACAAGGGCAAGGGCGAUAAGCGUCAUGCCAGCGAUUUGCGCAAGAAGCUCUUGAAGCAGGCCGCCGGCGACACUGCCAGCCGAGAAAUGUCUGUCACCACUCCCGGCCCAGAGUUUGAUGUUCAGCCUCCUACCGAGCCAUUGUCUGGUGACGCUACUCCUCUCACGGAGAAUGGCGACCGCGCUGAUACGCCUUUGCCCGCUCCCGUCGAUCCCGAGGAGGUGGCAGAGGCAGUCGAAAAGGACAAGGCCGGUGCCGAGGCGAGCGAGCAGACUUGGGUCAAGAUUGAUGGGUUGGAGAGCCAGCCGCUGUCCAGGAGGAGCUCUGUCGGGGUAGAGCAGGAGAAGGAGAGCGGCAAGCCCAAGAGAAAGGCCAACUUUUUCGCCAACACCAACUUCUACGUUUUGGCCCGCUACUUCCAGAUGCUCUACUCUCGUUUGACAACUUGCAAAGCUAUCGCCGCCAAGUUUGCUGCCGAAAAGCGACGCCCUGUCAACCCCUUGGCUGUCAAACUCGGCCUCGUUGACCCCGUCACCCAAUAUUUCGGUAUACUCGAGGGCGACAACCCUGCCCAGCAUUACUACACCCACCUCUUGGGACUGUUGGAGCGCUACUUUGAUAACGAGAUCGAGUUUGGCGCUUUCGAAGACGCUUUGAGGUUGAUGUUUACCAACGAGGCUUAUUUGAUGUUCAACUUGGACAAGGUCAUUGGCGGUAUCGUCAGACAGAUCCAGACCAUUGUUGGUGACCUCAAGAGCCAAGAGCUGCAUGCCUUAUUACAACGCGAUCGGGCCAACCCCAGGACAUCUACCAAGAACCAGAUUGCCUAUAGAAUGCAAGCUGAGGGUGUACUUGGCGGUAACGAAGGGCUCUACAAGAUGGAAUGGUUGCCUGGAAAGGAGACCCUUACUAUCCAAUUGCUGAGCGAAGAAGAUCGGACUGUCGACGAUGCGGAUAACCAUCAAGAGCGAUGGGCCCAAUAUAUCGAGUCCUUUGCCCUGACACAUCCCACCGAAGGUCUUCAAAAACGCGUUGAUGCUCCUUUCCUCCGCCGAAACGUCGCCAAGACUCAAGAACGCGAGCCAACCAUCUCCCCGUCCCGUGUCGACGCCAAGGACGGGCUGGAGAUCAAGAUUGCUCUCGGUAACUACAGAAUGUUCUUCACCCCUGGCACGGAAGACUUUUUCCACCGGGAGCCUUCAAAUGUGAAGGCCAAGUCGCCGGAGAAAGCCCCUGCAGCUUUAGCGCCCGAGCCUGUGGAGAACGGUGUAGAGGUCAACGGGGAGGCGACUGGGGAGCCGAUGGUCGUAGAGGAAGCUGUCCCUGCUCCGGAAGCUGCUCCAGUGGAGGCAUAG